AGUGUCUGUAUUAUCUGGUCUUAUCAAUUGGCUUUCAGCACUUGGCUUUCUGGCUGUGAUGUUUGAAAAGUUUCAAAAUAAAAGAGGACUGCUUGAACUAAAAGCGGGUCAGUAGCUGAGAACACUAAAGCAGAGUUUUUCCUUCUGAUUUUAAAAGUUUUUGUACAGGUGAUCCUCAACUUACAACCAUUUGCUUACCGACUGUUCAACGUUACAACAGGACUGGAAGAAAUAACUUAUGAAUGGCCUUCCAUUUAAAACUGUUGCAGCAUCGCCAGAGUUGUGUGAUCAAAAUUUGAGCACUUGGUCAAUGUCAUAUAUUUUAUUUUGACUCUAGCAUUGCCUUAGCAAUGCUUGUCUUAGCAUAAGACAAGGAUUGCAUGUGAUCACUACCACUACGUUGUGCUUCCAGGAAGGAACUGACGCCAGGAUCUUAUACCAACUUUUUCCAAGAAAACGAGGACACACAAAGAUGAGAUGAUCUGAACAAAUGUUGAUGGUGGUGCCAGCCAAGGAAUCUUAAGAUUAUACUGAUCCUGUGAAAAGGUCAUCUGAGAAGCUAUUGCAAGAAUAAUUUAGUGCAUGGUGGAAGUGGGUGAAAAAUCACAAAGGCCUUUGCAUUUCCCUGAGUCCAUUAAACAAAUUCAGUGCCUCUCUGAAUUUUCAAGCAUUCUCUGUGAUAUUUGAGCGGUGCAGAAGUCAUCGGAGGCGAUUCGUUUCUGGAUAAGUUGAAGCGCAUCACUUGUUUCAGGAUGAGAUUGGCAGCACUGAGAUGAUCUAAGUAAAUCUCCCAAGGGCUCUUUUCCUACAAAGGCCAGGACCUGGAUCCAUCAUGUCUGUUCCUUACAAUGACAUCAUUGAAAAUCCUGACUAUCACUAUUCCGAAACCUUGGAAAUCGACAAGUUAAGACCUUCUCAAAGAAGUACACACCGUCCAGACAAUCCUUACGCCCCCUUUGGGGACGACGACAAGGAAGGAGGACAAGGACAGAAUUCACCAGUUCUGAUACCUCUGAGAUUAGUACUGAGUCCAGACGAGACCAAAUAUCCACCAACCGAUUAUGGGUUUGAAUUGCCCAGAACAAACCCACAUGGAAAGGAAUAUGUUAAUCCUUCUUUUGAGUAUGAACCAGAACUUGAAGGGAUAUUACCUACUACCAGCCGUGCUGUCGAUAUUCAGGAUGCAGACAGUUAUUCAGAUGCAUCAGAGAGAGUUAAUAUUGUCCAGAGGCGUAGCAGGCGACACAAUUAUGCAACUUUUGCAAGGCCCAACUUGCUUCAUUUAGACCCAGAAUAUAUGGAAGCAAAGAGGAAAGAAGAAGAAAAAUUAAUCAACGAUCUGUCAAGCAUGUCCACCCAUGAAAGAGUUAAAGCAAUCCAGAAGAUUCCCAAAUCAAUGAAAGAAAAACGUGAAAUUAGGAACCGUGUCCUAACGGAAAAAAAAAAGAAAUCCUACAGACAGGAUGCUCAUCUGAAUUGUUGUACCCAGUGCUUUUACAACACGGCUUUGUCCUUCCGGCAGUUAAAGAGCAGCUUUGUCGACUGCCUUCAGCUCUUCCGGUUUUGGCAGAAAACGCUCAAAGACAUUGGCAGCCAAUUUGGGACCAGCAUCCAUUCCUACUUUGUCUUCCUGACGUGGCUUCUCAUGUUCAACGUUUUCUCAUUCCUGAUCAACUUCAGUUUUCUUGCCAUCCCUCAACUCAUCGCAGCCCAGCCAAAUCACCUUUCCUUCACGAGUCUGGAGUUUUUGACCGGAGCUGGUUAUUUUACAAACACGGUGUUCUACAAUGGCUUUUACACCAACGGCACAAUAGCAAAAAUUGAGAACGCCGCGCCAUAUUACAUGCAACUGGCUUACAUUUUCACAAUCGGGAUUUAUUUUAUCAUCUGCUUUCUGAGCUUGAUCUACAGCAUGGCAAAAUCCUUCCGUAACAACAUUGUGAUGCCUCAAAUGCACUCGGGCAACGCUGCCAAGCUUCUUUGCAUCUGGGACUUCAGUGUGAUGGACGAGAAAGCUGUCCAGAUGAAUCAGAAAAAUAUCUGCAUGCAGAUCAAGGAGACCCUUUCUGAAAUGCGUAUUGAAUCUGUGAAGCUAUCUCUGCAGCAAAGGAUUCUUCGCUUCUCGAUUCACCUGGCCUUCUGGUUUCUCUCGCUGGGCUUCACGGUGGCUUCGUGUGCUGGCAUUUACUUCUUUUCCCUUGUGAAUUUACAGUUAUUUCUGAAUGAGGAAAACACCCAGCUUGAAAACGAAGCUGCCAUGUUGAUCUUGCCUAUCGUGGUGAGCCUCUUCAACCACGUGAUGCCAUUCCUGUACUCCUUCUCCAGCUUGGUUGAAAAGUUUGACUAUCCUAGGCACCAGAUCUACACUGCUAUUAUCAGGAAUGUCAUCUUGAAAAUAUCCACCAUUGGAGUCCUCUGCUACUACUGGCUCAACGUAGUAGCUCUCUCCAAAGUGGAGUGCUGGGAAACCUUCAUUGGCCAAGAUAUAUACAGGCUGCUUAUAGCAGACUUUGUCUGCUGCCUCCUGGGUUCAUUCUUCGGUGAAUUUGUACUACGACUUAUUGGCACCGAAUGCUGUAAAAAAAUUGGCGUGCCAGAAUUCGACAUUGCUCGAAACGUUUUGGAUUUGAUCUACGCUCAGACUUUGACAUGGAUUGGGAUCUUCUUUGCUCCUCUGCUUCCAGCCAUUCAGAUGAUAACAUUUUUCAUCAUAUUUUGUGUGAAAAAGAUCAGCCUGCUGAAGAACUGCCAGCCGCCCCGCAAAGCUUGGCGAGGGUCCCAAAUGAACACCAUUUUUGUCUUCCUCCUCUUUUUCCCCUCUUUCACCGGAGUCCUCUCGGCCGUCGCGGUCACUGUCUGGAGACGGAAACCUUCCGAAGCGUGUGGCCCUUUCCGAGGUCUGACAGCUCCCUUCGAAGCUAUCUCUGGCUGGAUUUCAGUCUUGACUUCUUCACCGGGCUCAGGAUGGGUAGUGUGGAUCUACCGCAACUUAAUCGAGAGCACACACUUCUUCUUCAUCCUUUCAAUUAUUGUGUUGAUGCUCAUAUACCUUUUCUGGCAAAUCAUCCGUGGACGAAAAACAAUGGUUAAACUGCUACAAGAGCAAAUUGUUAACGCCGGCAAAGAUAAAAUGUUUCUACUGAAGAAAUUACGUGGACUGCAAGCUUCUAAGAUGCCCUCUUUGAGAAGGCAGCCAGAGAGGGACUCCUCUCUCAGCCAGCUGCCUAAGGGGCAAAGCUGUGUUUUGCUGCCCAGCUGCGUGGAGCCCUUUCUCUGGAGAGAAUCUUCUACUGAGUUUGCUGGACACCCUGUGAUGGCUACCUUUAAUCCUGAGGCUAACAAAAUAACCCAGAAUGCUGGAGUAUCUGACGCCCUGGUUUUGGCUUUGAGAGCAAGACAAGAAGCUGAAUGGGAAAUGGAAGAUGAAGAAAGCUUGAAGUGGAAGUAGAGAAUGAAGUAAUAUGCACACAACAAGCACUUUUUAUCUAGAACUUUGCUGUUUGCACAAAUAAAGUAUUUGCAGGAACCUCCUAGAACUCUAAAAA